GGAGAGGGCAGUCAGCCCGGGCGCGCGGCCGCCCGCCAGUGACGACGCUGCCCCCUCAGCAGCCAGGGAACUAAGACCCCACGAAGCUCCUCUCCCGCCUCGCCCCUCGCGGAGGUCUCGAGCCUCCCAGAGGCGGCUGGGAGCCGGGGAGCUCGUCACAACUCACCGCUCCGCCCCGCUGCUCCGUCCGUUCCCGGGGGCCCCUUCCGAACCGCUCCCGGAACUCGCCGGCUCCGACUACGGGGAAACAAAGGUUCCUGCCGCGCCGUGAAGGGGGGAAGUUUUCGGCUGUGCCACGGCGGGAAGUGACGUAACCCCGGCUUCCGGUCCGCCGGAUUAUGAAUGACGGCGGACGCGGCUGUUUCCAAGACGGCGUGCCUGCCGCGUGCCCCUUCCCGGCCUCUCUGGCCGCCCGCGGUCCGUGGGCGAAGACUCGCAGAAGCUGCCUCGGAAAACUCACGCGGGGUGGGAAGGCGCAGGCGGCUCGUGUCGCUGACACACUCACGCACCCUCCCUGCCUGGCCGCGCCUCUGCGACCAGCAUUUUAUUCCGUGCCUUCCCGGUUAGAGAAAGCAGUUGUACGUGAGGACUGCUGAACAGUUGCUCCAGAGGACUUGCGUCGUUUGCGGCUGUUUUUCUUUUACACUGUCAAAGCAGCGUUUCAGUUCGGUCUUAAACAAGUUCGAGUUUGAGUAGAAAGUUUGACUUGCAUGAAAGAUUGCUUCGGUUUCGGAAACGUUCACGAACACCCGUAUUUCCCGCCUCAACUCCACCUCGUUUGGAAUGAGGUUUCCAUGGUGAAUGCUUUUAAAGAGUGCCAUCUAGUGUUAAUUUUGGAAUUGUGCUUUAUGGGAUCAGAACACGGGGAAUUUUAGACCUAAGGUGACCCAAUAAAAGAAGAAAAUGAAAGGCAUUAAGAAAAGUCUUAAAGAAGAAUACCUAUACUUGGACUUUUUUCACCAAAUAGAAGGGUGCAUCUUUCCUCUUCAUACAUCUGUAACUUUAUUUUUGUUGUCAUACUGUGACUGUAAAAUCUUUAAAGUUUGCUUAGUCCUCACUGGAGAAAGUAGAGAUAUUUCACUAGAAAAUGUAGUGCCUCAGGAAGUUGAAGUACAGAUUAUUUCAAGACAAGAGCUUCCACCAAUAGUCCAGAAUUGCUGUUUACCUGCAGUAGUAGAAAAACCAGACAAUUUCUGUAGAGCAGGACUUGCUGUUGUACUGAGACAUAUAAUCCAGAAAUCGUAUGAAGCUGACUCCUCCAAGAAAGAGAUUUUGGAACUUCUGGGUUUUAAGAAGACUUGCUUGAAAGCCUGUGCUGAAGUUAGUCAGUGGACCAGGCUGUGUGAACUCACCAUCCCUUUAGCUAUUGAAAAUUUUCUCAAAGAAUCUGACCAGCACCCAACUAUCCCUGCAGAAAUACUACAGUUAGAGAAAAAGCUUAGUGAGCCUGUAAGAGUGCAUAAUGAUGACAAACUCCGUCGGCAGAAGCUGAAACAACAGAAGGCUGCUGGGGUCGGGCCUUCCCUUGCUAAGGAAAAAACAAAGAACAAGGUGCAUAGACAAGAAACGUCUGAAGAAUUGGACUCUUCAUCCAAGAGCCUGGAACUUAAAGUGGCAUUCUCAAAGCUCACAGUACAUGAAGAACCAGCUACUACCAACAGAGAGCCUUCUCACAUCAGAAAAGCAAAAGCCUCUGACCUUCCACCUCUGGAGCACGUGUUUGCAGAGGGCUUGUACUUCACUUUGGCAGACAUCGUGCUCUUGCCUUGUAUCCAUCAUUUUUUGGUAAUUAUCUGCAAGAAACUUUCUGAAAAGCUGAUAGAAUUUCCACUGCUGGCUGCUUGGUACCAGAGGAUUCAGGAAGUGCCACGAGUAAAAGCAGCAGCUUCUCGGUGUGGGAUCCAAUUUCUCCAUUUACCAGAGUUGCUGACCACCUCAAAUGAACAAUAUUCAAACUUAAGUGAGAUCCCAGAUGUAGAGGAGCAAAAUGAUGCUUCAUUUAUAGGAGGACCAAGACCCACUAUGACCAAGUUAAUGGAAAAAGGCAUUGAAGUGAUGUUUUCUCCCCACCCUUGCCCUACUUGGACCCUUGAUUGGAAUAAUCUUCCUACAGCAGUGAGCCCAAAGGAAGGUAAAAUGUCCAGUGAUCGAGCUUUGAGGAAGCAGCAGCAAUUAAACAACCUUGUUUAUGUGGUGACAAAUCAGGCCAAACCUGGUGACAGAAUUGUGGAUUUCUGCAGCGGCGGGGGCCAUGUCGGGAUUGUCCUUGCUCACAUGCUACCAUCAUGCCAGGUUACAUUAAUAGAAAACAAGGAAUUAUCUUUAAUCCGUGCUAAGAAGAGAAGUGAUGAACUAGGUUUAAGCAACAUUUGGUUCAUUCAAGCAAAUAUGGAGUAUUUUACAGGGAUGUUUAAUAUUGGGGUGGCAUUGCAUGCUUGUGGAGUGGCAACAGACAUGGUGAUUGAGCACUGCAUCAAAACACGGGCUUCCUUUGUCACAUGCCCUUGCUGUUACGGUUUCAUUCAGAACACCUCAAAGUUUAAUUUUCCCAAAAGUGAACAAUUCAAGAAAACUUUAUCAUACAAGGAACACAUGAUUCUGUGCAGAUUUGCGGAUCAGACAGCUGUCCAGCUUCCACCCCAACGAAGACUCAUAGGAAAACAGUGCAUGUGCCUCGUGGAUCUGGAUAGAGCAAGAGCUGCAGAAGAACAUGGUUACUCCGUUCAAGUAAUAUCCAUGGAGCCAGAGAGCUGCUCUCCCAAAAAUAACAUGAUUGUGGGAGUCCCCAUUUAGAAGGAGAUACUCACAUUUGAUGUUCGGCCAUCCGUCUUCAUGAUGAAAGCCCAGUGGCAUCUAGGAAGUUCUUGGCAUAACUAGAAAACAGCAUUAGCCAUCUUGAACUUAUUGUGCUCAGGAAGGAAAGCAGCAGGAAAAUCACGAAAAAAAAAAAAGGCUGCCUGCAAAGCAUCACAAAUGCUCUUGUAAUGUCUGAUUAAAGGGCCGCUGGCUUUCAUAGUGAGAAUCCCCUGAAGUCUCAGCUGCUGACAGAAUAAUCCUCACCAGUGGAGGUUCCAUCACUGGAAUAACAAUUUUCUUCUCAGUUCACAGCAUUUCUGAUCUUGCCAAUUUGAUGUUCAAUUCAAAACGAUGAAUUGGAGCCUUUGUCAUCAUUGCAGCCUUUACAAUCACUUAGGCAUUCAAAUGGAGACCAAAACUAGAUUCAGUGGGGUUGGUUGGUUGGUUGUAUUUUUAACAAUUGUACUUUUUCUAUAAUUUUUAAAAAUAUCCAGUCAGGCAAUUACAGUAUGGUUAAAUUUUUAAGCCAGGUUGAGUUAGACUUCCAUUUCAUUUCAUAUAUUUCUUUAAAUAUGUUUCCUGUAAAUUACCAAAUGAGAUCAUCCCUGGUUCAAACACUUUAUAUGAAGAACAUUAAAAUAACUGCAGGAAAUUUCCUGUUAGGGGGGCAUGUAAUUUGGACAUAACUUCUAACUAAUCAGUAAAUACAUUAAUUAAUUCCAGUUUAUGAAUAAUUAUUGAGGAUCCUUUAUUUUCAAGACCCUGGGCUAGAUUCUUCUAAGGAUAGAAGGAUGAGUUGCAAGAGACAUGGUGCCUUGCCUAUGGAAUAAUCAUACAAAAGAAAAAUUAAUGAAUUUAGUUCUAUAUGUCAUAAUAUAAUAUAUGGCCAUGGAAUUUGUUUUCCAGAUAUCAGUAAUAUAUUUUAGUUACAUUAUUUUGGUAAAACCAAUUGAAUGUAGAUUGGAAGUAGGAGGAGUACAGAGUUUGUAAGCUUAUUUGACUAUUUCUCCCUUCUCACAUUUCUCCUCAUUCCACCAGCCAAAGUUUUUAAAGACAUGUGACAUGUCCUUUCUUACAUGCUGCUACUUAUUUAACUUGUACAUGUCCUAGGUUAUUCCAUUUGAGAUAAGAUUUAUUUCAUUGAUUUUGAUGUUUUCAACCCCUGUAAGAUACAUAUCAUGAGGAAAAAGGAGUUUAAUAAACAACUCUUUCAUCAUAGUGGGUUAAAAUGUAGGAAUAAUUUAUUCAGGGGAGAGGGCGUUGAAUUCUUGUUUCCUGAGAUAAAAUUUAAGAAAAGAAUUAAACAUCAGCCCUCAGUAUUUGUCAUUUUUACUAUAGAUGUACCAUACUCUUUUAUCCUGGACUUUCUUUUUUAAAUGGAGGUAUAAUUUACAGACAGUAAAAUAACAGGCUUUAACUGUUGAGUUUGAGAAGUUUUGAAAAGUGUGUAUACUCAUGCAACUGCCACCAGAAAAGAGAUAUAGAAUACUUCCACCAGCACAGAAAGUUCCCUCAUGUCCCUUUCUAAUUAACUUCACCUACGCCAAAGGCAGAAAUCUCUGAUUUUUAUCACCCUCCAUUUUUUCUGCCUAUUUUAGUCCUUCAUAUACAUGAAGUCAUUUAGUAUGUAGUCUUUUGUGUCUGGCUUCUUAUGCUCAACAUAGUAUUUUUUGAGAAAUAUCCAUAUUGUUACAUGUAUCAGUAGUUUCUUCUUAUUAAGUAACAUUCUACUAUAUAAAUUUAUCAAAAUGUAUUUAUUCAUUCUCCAAUUGGUAUUUAUUUAGAUUAUUUCCAUUGUGUAGAUAUUACAAAUAAGACCUAUAAAUAUUCUUGUCCAAGUCUUUCUGUGGACAUACGUUUUCAUUUCUCUUUGGUAAAUACCUAGUAGUAGAAUUUCUGGCUUGCUGAAUAAAUGAAUGUCAAUUACCAAACAAUUUCCAAAGUGGUAUACCAUUUUAUAUUCCCACCAGCAAUGUAUAAAAAUUCUAGUUCUUCACUCCACCCUCACAACAUUUGAUACUGUCAGUCUUUUUUAUUUUAACCAUUCUGGUGGACACUAAAUGGUACCUCCCAGGGGCUUUAAUUUUCAUUUUUCAGAUGACUAGUGAUAUUAAGCAUCAUUUGUAAAGUGAACGUUUAAGUCUUUUACUCAUUUUUAAAAUUAGGUUUUUUGUAGUUUUUUUAAUUGUUGGUUUAUAAGAGUUCUUUAUAUAUUCUGGUUAAGAGUUCUUUGUCAGAUAUAUGUAUUAAGAAUAUUUUUCCCAGUCUGUGGCUUAACCUACUCACUUUUAUAAUGAAUGUUUUAAUUUUUAGGAAGCCUAAUUUUCUGUUUUUGCUGGCCAAUAUUUUCUGUAUCCUCUAUAAUAAAAUUUUAUCCACCCUGA